UGGUUAGCUAUUGGGUGUAUCUAAUAGAAUUUGUUUCCCAGAAACUAAAAAAGCGGUUAAAUUUUCUCAGCGGUUAAAUUUUCUCGGAAAGUUUUGUUACAACAAAGAUGAUAAAGAGAAGACUGAAUUUCAACGGAAGAACUGCGGGAAAUGCGGCGGCGAAGACUUCAUCAGUUUCUAAAGACGAAGAGGUGGAAUGGGAGAUGAGACCCGGCGGAAUGUUGGUGCAGAAAAGAAGUGAUAAUUCCGGAGUUUCUGCUCCCAAUGUUCGUGUUCGGGUGGCUUAUGGUGCAGUGCGGUUCGAGAUCUCGGUGAACUCUCGGGCAACUUUUGGUGAAUUGAAGAAGCUUCUGACGGGGGAGACAGGGUUAGAACCUGUUGAACAGAGACUAAUUUUCAGAGGAAAAGAAAGAGAAAAUGGGGAGUAUUUGGAUAUGUGGGGAGUCAAAGAGAGAUCAAAAGUCAUACUAAUCGAGGACCCAGAGAGCAGAGAGAGGAGACUCAUUGAGAUGCGUAGGAAAGUUAAGAUUCAAACCGCACAUCGCCUGAUCAAUGACCUGUCCAUGGAGCUUGAUAAGCUUGCCGAGCAGGUUUCUGCUAUUGAAAAGUCUAUUGGAAAUGGUAACAAAGUACCAGAAGUACAGAUCACCACAUUGAUUGAGAUGUUAAUGAGACAAGCCGUGAAGAUAGAUAGCAUUUCUGCAGAAGGAGAUGCAUGUGCUCGGAAAAAAUUACAGGCCAAGAGAGUGCAGAAGUGCGUCGAAACCCUAGAUGUGAUAAAGUUAUCGAAUGCUAAAGUAAAGCCGGUUAUUGUUGCAACCAAAUGGGAAACAUUUGAUCCUCCUCCCACUACAGCUCACUGGGAAUUUUUUGAUUAA